UGCUUUGAAGAAUAACACUUAAUGAAUAAUGAACUGCUCAAGUGUGUCACUUUUCGCUCCGUGUAAAUAAUAUUUUUGAAAUAAUGCCUCAGUAUGUCUGUUUUGGGCAAUUCAAACAGCCCAGCCCAAUCCCGUAACAGAUAAAAGUUUGUAUUUCAGGGGAAACGGAGUCCAUUCAGCGCUUCCGCCCGCGUGCUGCGCCGAGACAGUGUUGCCAGAUUGGUGUAAUUCACAACCAUAUUAAACUAACGUGCACUUAAUUUGUGCAUGGGAAAUAGACUCUGUAAUCAUAGGUGUCCACUAAAAUCUUGUUUUCAUCUUCUUUCAAAGGUGUUAGACGACUUUUCAGCCGCGAUCAUCUCCGAGCCUAUGAUUCCAAUCUGGCAACCCGGGCUCCGAUCCCUCCCCGUUCUCCCAGAGUCUCUCCAACAGAUGCGCUGCACUCAAAUCUGCGGAUCCACGAGAAGUCGAGAUAAAGCAAGGAUCCUGCUGGGUACUGCACCAGAACACACACACACACACAGAGCGAGCGAGAGGGUGGGGAAAUCUGUUUUAAUUAUCAACAGGUCACUGCAUGAGUGAGUAACUUCUCAGAAGGAUUAGUUAUAGAAAUGUACAGGUAGUUGAGUUAAGUUCGCUGGAUCACGGAUCGUUAGUGGUGCGGAGAUCUGGAAACUCAAACGGUUUCUCGUGUGAGAUCACGGAUGGUGGAUCCCCUGCGGCUUGAACACAUCGCAAACCAUACGCUAUUGCAACCCGACCCCAAACGCCACGACGGUCUGUCUGUUUUUCCCCAUUUCCAGCCGAAGAAGUUGAAAAUCUCCGGGAUGCUUUGGUUCUAAAGGCGAACUUCUCUCGGAUCACUGUUUACAAAAUAAUCCACUUAGCAACUCCUCUCUCGGCGACACGGAGCACGGCUGGAAAAUGUCGCAUCCUCCUGCCAAGUUUAAAAAGGAUAAAGAGAUCAUCACGGAGUACGAGAGUCAAGUCAAAGAGAUUCGAGCUCAACUGGUAGAGCAGCAGAAAUGUCUGGAACAGCAAACAGAGAUGAGGGUCCAGCUUCUGCAGGACCUCCAGGACUUCUUCCGCAAGAAAUCUGAGAUCGAGAUGGAGUAUUCUCGUAACCUGGAGAAGCUGGCUGAACGCUUCAUGGCCAAGACCAGAAGCACCAAGGACCACCAACAAUACAAAAAAGACCAGAACCUCCUUUCCCCAGUGAACUGUUGGUAUCUGUUGUUGAACCAGGUGAGGCGGGAGAGUAAAGACCACGCCACGCUGAGCGACAUCUAUCUGAACAAUGUCAUCAUGCGCUUCAUGCAGAUCAGCGAGGACUCAACACGCCUUAUGAAGAAGAGUAAGGAAAUAGCAUUUCAGCUGCAAGAGGAUCUGAUGAAAGUCCUUAACGAGCUCUACACGGUGAUGAAAACCUACCACAUGUACCAUACGGAGAGCAUUAGUGCCGAAAGCAAGCUGAAAGAGUUCGAAAAGCAGGAGGAGAGGCAGAUCGGCCGUACAGGAGACCCUGUCUUCAACAUGCGUCUGGAAGACAAAACCCCAAGACGCAGCUUUGUUAAGAAGAUCGAGAAGAUGAAGGAAAAGAGGCAGGCCAAGUACUCUGAGAACAAGCUGAAGUCGAUCAAAGCCCGGAACGAGUAUUUGCUGACUCUGGAAGCCACUAAUUCCUCAGUAUUCAAGUAUUACAUCCAUGACUUGUCUGACCUAAUAGAUUGCUGUGAUCUGGGCUAUCACGCCUCUUUAAACCGGGCUUUACGCACCUACCUCUCGGCUGAGUAUAACCUAGAGACGUCUCGUCACGAGGGGCUGGACAUCAUCGAGAACGCCGUGGACAGUCUGGACCCUCGCAGUGACCGUCAGCGCUUUAUGGAGAUGUAUCCCACCGCUUUCUGUCCUCCGGUCAAGUUUGAGUUCCAGCCACACAUGGGAGAUGAGGUGUGCCAGAUCACAGCACAGCCUCCAGUCCAGGCUGAGCUGAUUCUAAGGUUCCAGCAGCUCCAGUCACGCCUGGCCACGCUGAAGAUUGAGAAUGAGGAGAUCAAGAAGACCUCUGAGGCCACGCUGACCACUAUCCAGGACAUGGUGACUAUCGAGGACUAUGACGUCUCUGAGUGUUUCCACCACAGCCGCUCCACAGAGUCGGUCAAGUCCACCGUCUCUGAGACAUACCUCAGCAAACCCAGCAUCGCCAAGAGGCGUGCCAACCAGCAGGAGACCGAACAGUUCUACUUCAUGAAAUUCCGUGAGUUUCUGGAGGGCAGCAAUCUGAUCGCCAAACUCCAGGCCAAGCAUGAUCUGCUGAAGAGAGCUCUGGGAGAAGGUCACCGAGCAGAUUACAUGACCACAAGGCCUCCAACUCUUCCUCCUAAACCACACUGGAGGCCCAGACCUCGCUCAGUUUUUAACAUAAAGCUAUUUAAUGGCAAUUUGGAGGCCUUUAUAAAGGAUUCUGGCCAAGUGAUUCCACGCGUGGUAGAGAGCUGCAUUCGAUUCAUCAAUCUUUAUGGUCUUCAGCAUCAAGGCAUAUUCCGUGUAUCUGGCUCUCAAGUUGAAGUCAAUGAUAUUAAGAAUUCAUUUGAGAGAGGUAACGACCCUCUCACUGAUGACGAGGAUAACCAUGAUAUUAACUCAGUGGCAGGAGUCCUCAAACUCUACUUCCGAGGUCUGGAGAACCCCCUCUUUCCAAAGGAGAGGUUUAAUGACCUCAUCUCCUGCAUCAGAAUAGAUAACCUGUACGAGAGAGCCCUAUACAUUCGUAAAAUCCUCCUCACAGUCCCCAGAUCUGUCCUCAUAGUCAUGCGCUACCUGUUUGCUUUCCUCAACCAUCUGUCCCAGUACAGUGAUGAGAACAUGAUGGACCCCUACAACCUGGCCAUUUGUUUCGGCCCCACCCUCAUGCCCACCCCUGACACCCAGGACCAGGUGUCUUGCCAAGCCCACGUCAAUGAGGUCGUCAAGACCAUCAUCAUCCACCACGAGACCAUCUUUCCUGACACUAAGGAGCUAGACGGUCCUGUGUAUGAGAAAUGCAUGGCUGGAGGAGACUACUGUGAAAGUCCUUAUAGUGAGCAUGGAGUCCUGGAGGAAGUCGACCAGGACGGAGGGGCAGAGACACACACCAGUGAGGAUGAAGGCGAACCAAUUGAAGCCAUCGCCAAGUUCGACUACGUGGGCCGCUCUUCACGCGAGCUGUCCUUCAAAAAGGGGGCGUCUCUGCUGCUGUACCAGCGUGCUUCUGAAGACUGGUGGGAGGGCAGACAUAACGGCAUCGACGGCUUGGUGCCUCACCAGUACAUUGUAGUGCAAGAUAUGGACGAUACCUUCUCGGACACUCUGAGUCAGAAGGCAGACAGCGAGGCGAGCAGUGGGCACGGAGGAGACGAGAAGUGCUCCAAUAGAGAUCUGACCUCUCCUACAGACCGACCUGACACAUACAUCAGCAGCAGUCGUCAUAGGAAGAGGAGUGACCCUCCGAAUCGCAAGCCCCCAGCACGCCCCAGCGAUGCCCACUGCAUGGUCCAUCCAUCUCAAAGCCACGGGAGUCAUGGGAACCACGGUACUCAUGGGAACCCAGCCCUCGGCUCACCUGUGCUAGGCCAUUACAGCCCUCGUGAGGUGGUGCGUGGCAGAGGCCCGAUGGUCACAGACAGCCCGGAGAGACGCAGGCGCACGGGACACAGCGGCCUCACGGGCCACAGCAGCCUCACCAACAUCAGCCGUCACGAGUCUCUGAAGAAGAUGGAGAGCCCCCCGAUCCGCAGAUCCACUUCUUCAGGCCAGUACAUGGCUAGGGGUCUGGACCCGGAAAGCAUCGCACAGGACAUAGAGGAGACAAUGAACACAGCUCUGAACGAGCUGCGUGAGCUGGAGAGACAGAGCUCAGCUAAGCACGCCCCUGACGUGGUGCUAGACACUCUGGAGCAGAUGAAGAACUCUCCGUCUACAGCGGGCAGCUCUGCUGAGUCACUGAAUCGUCACCCGCUCCGUCGCAGCACCAGCUCCUCCAGCGACGCCAUGAGCACCUUCAAACCCGCCAUAGCCCCGCGGAUGGGCGUGCAGCUCAAACCCCCUGCUCUCCGACCCAAGCCCAUGGUUGUGCUGCCUAAGGCGGGUACGGCUCAGGCUUCAGCAUCACCGGCCCAGGAUCCUCUCGACAAGUCCUGCACCAUGUGAGCCAAUCACAGCUCAGCAGUGGGAGUUUUUCGUUGAUUUUUUUUCCAAUGGAUUCCUUUAUAACUGUUACAUCUCGAUAUUCUGUAUCUGGACUGGACCGAAGAACCUACUGUUCCUCUGUUCCAUUGCUAUAGAACAGAACAACUGCUGACCAUCAGCCUGGAGGGUUGUUUAAGCUUCUAUACAUGUACUACUAAUAAUUUCACAGGUCAAUAAUAAACUGUAACAGACAGCAGAACUUUUGUUUAAACAUGUUUACCCGCCUAAAGGAUUUGAACCUUUUCUUUCUGCAUUGAAAUGUGAACCAUACUACAAUGUGGUCUGCAUUAAAAGCCACUCUUUGAUCCAAUUUUAGUGCACAGCAGUCACAGCAGUCACAGCGUAUAGAAAUCCGUUCACGUGAUGUGCGUCUGUUCGUUGCUCGCAUGUAUAUAGACCAGGUUAAUUUCUAAUGUAAUUCUUAGUAUGUAUAGAUAAGGAAACUAUAACUAGAUCAAGCUAGUGUAUAAUAAAAGAACGCAACAAAUCACAAAGGCUUCCUGCGUGGUUAGAAUAAUUUGUUCAUAGUUUACAUCUAGUAGAUAAAUACUAAAUGUGAAUAAUACAGGAAGAAAGCAGGGGGGUUUUUUUUGUUGUUGUUUGUUUCUUUGUUUACAGUCUCAGGAUUGUUUGAAAUUUCUUUCUUCUCAAAUGGACCUGAGCCUACAGCUAAUCAGUUACUAAGCAAUGAAUGUGGUUUACUUGUAACAAAGCAGCACUGCCGCAUGAAAAACUAACCCUGUCUUUGGUGGUGUCUCAAAAAAAAAACAAAAAAAGGCUGCUAAUUCCUAGUUCUGAAAAGCAGUGGCAAUUUUUUUUAGACCAAGAGAAGUAGCGUAUGCAAGGCUUUACUUUGAAUAUUAUAUUUUUGAUAGUAACAAUAGUAUUAUGUAUAUACACAGUUAUCACCAAUGAAAGUAGAAUGGUUUGAUUAAUAAAACAGUGGGUUUUCAUUUUUUUUUUUUUCUUUUUUUUUUAGUUUAGUCCAUUCAGUAAUAUUACUAUCACCAAUGACUUGAAUAUAGAACAGUGGGAUGAGGAGAAGAAGUGCUGAAUGAUUGAGCAUUUUCAGAAGUUUUUGUUAUUAAUAGAAAAACCCCUGUGUAUUCUGAACAGCUAAUCAGAAUCAAAUGUAUCUUUACCCGUUAAUGAUAUGGUUAUAAACUGUCCAGUUUAGCUGCCAGAAACAACUCCACUAUGAGUUAAUCCACACCACUGCUCUUACAGACGGUACAAAACUUUGUUGUUCACAAAAUCACUAAUCUCUCAGAUUUCUACCUAUAAAGCAUGAAAUAUGAUACUUUUUAGUUAUGAUAUGCAAAGAGCUUUUAUUAAGUCUUUUUAAAAAAAAAAAAAAAAAAAGAAUAAAGACUCAAGGCAAUAUUUCUGUAAUUUCACCAAACAAAGGCAUGAAGCCGAUAGCCAUGAACUCUCUGACUGUUAUUAGAAAAUGUCAAUGUUAUCUUACGUAUUGCUACAUGUGGUGUGGAAGUGCAGGGGCCAAUCUUCCGCAAUCUGUGCUCUAGAUCAGUGAACUGCCUAAUAUUUAAAUACUAUGUAAACGCUCUCAGCAUCUUAGAAGCUUUUUUCAAAUGAUCUUAGUUAUGAAAUGUAUUGAAAGCAGUUUCAUCUUACAGAUUUCACUGUAAAUGUGUAACAGCUGGUCGCAAUUGUACAGUUAAAUAAACCGAGUGACCACUGAGAUUGCAGGUGGAUUUAAAUUGCACAUAAAAAAUCUGGCUUUUUCAAAUUGGGCAAAUUUUAAAUAUAGUGAUUCCACUAAAACAAUGUAGGUAACUGGGACAGAAUGGAGUGUGUGUGUGUGUGUGUGUGUGUGUGUGUGUGUGUGUGUGUGUGUGUGUUAUUAAUAAUCAUAAAUCAUAUGCUCAUACUGAAUUUUAGUACACAACAAUGGACCAUCUGUUGAACCAGUGUUGUCAGGAAUUAAAUAACACCUGUUGCUAAUAUUUCAUAAUGUAUUUUAAACAUGAUUCAAAUUAUUUUGCCUUUUGAAUGACUAACUAUUAAAUUGUAAUGAUAACA